AAAAUUCAUAACCUUGAUUCAGGUGACAAGUUGUCAAGUUGACCCAAAACACACCCAAAAGCUUUCAAAAAUGGGUACCAAUAUAAACUUAUACAGUGUAAUAUUGAAAAUAAUGGAGAGAAGCAGAAGAGUUCGUUUUAUAGAAGAAGGUUGGUCAUAUGAUUUUAGAGGUUUGGUCACAGUCAUAGGACACAGUGGUUUGUGGUCCUUCAAGAUUCGUUCGUCUUUUUUUCCAAAUCUCUGGAAAAACCGGAAUAUUUGAAUAGCAAAAUGUUAUUUAUAGGGUUGGUUUUGGGGCUAGUUACUUAUGUUUAUGGGUCUGGAGAAUUCUCGGUAAUCCACCACCCAGGCAGUAUCGUUUUUAAAGGGCAUGAUUCCAUAAAAGAAAGCACAUUGCCAGAAGUAUUCAGUGCUGCCCUUGGUUUUUCAACGGAACACUUUUCUCAUUGGCAAGGUUUUUUCAUUGAAAACCCUUUCAACAUUCCUGAAGCUAUCGUCACAAUCGCUAUAGAUGGUGUUAAAGAUAUUGGCCAAAAUAAGGGUCAUCAUUACCCAUUAUUGACUAAUGAUGAUGAAGGACGGGUCUACAAAACCUUGGCUAAGAGAAUCCUUGAAAGAUUCCCUAAUGACGAACCUAAUUUGGUUAGGGUGGACCUUUCUAAUGGAUUAGAAGAUGUAGAACAAUAUGACAUUUUCGAUGGUAUCAAAAGUGAAAACCCAAAACAUGUAGGCCAUAAACAUUUGAAACUUAAUGUGGAAGAAGACAGGGCGUUUCUGAAAGACAUUGCUCUUUUGACUGAAAUUGCUGCAAAAAUUGAUGCUGGAGUAGUAAAAGAAGAUUUCGUCCCUGACGUUUACUGGUUCCGGAUUUCUUCUCUCCAUGCCUUAUCAGAUCUCCACGGGCCCAAUUCCACAGAAACUCAAGAAGCCAACAAAAUUUUACAAGAAGCCAUUGCACGAGUCUCAAAUGCUUUUGCCAAACGCUACAAUAAUCACGUUUUUGUUUCUGUUAUUACUAGCGAUGCAAGCCAUACUAGACAGAGGAGGAACGCUGUAGGCGAUGAAGCUUCUGGCUCUGAUAAAACCAAAUACAAUCUGGCUUCAAAAUACUCGAAGAACUUUCCAGCAAUCUUCAAUAUCAUCCUUUGGUUUAGCGUUGUUAUGCUUUUUGCCAUUCUGGCCAUCUGUUACGCUACUGCUAAUAUGGAUCCAGGCCGCGAUUCGAUUAUAUACAGAAUGACCAGUACCAGAAUGAAGAAAGACAACUAAGCAGAUAUCCUUUGGUCAAAAUUGCAAGCCUUUUUACUUCAGAUAUUUGCUAGGGAAAAUCAAUAGUUACCAACUUUUCAUUUCUAAAGGAGGCUUGUUUUACGCUUGAAUCUGCAAAACAUAUUUUGUUAUAAUUUACAAUGUUAUUAGUAUUUCCUAUGUAAAUAUAUUCUUUAAAAUUUUUGAUUUUACAUUCCGAACCCUCUUGUAGAUUUUCAAUUAAUUUGUUAACACCUUAAGAAGAAAAAAGUAUUUAAAUGUGUAGUUUGUAAGGAAAUGUAUCAUAGUUUCGUUAUGUGUAUAGAUUGCAAAACUAUGAAGAAAACCUAAUUGUUUGGAUUUAAAAAAAGUAUUAUUAAUAUUGAUCAAAAAGACGAUAAAUUAAACAAAAAUGACUUAUCAAAAGACUUUAUUAUCACAGUAAUAAAAAAUAAUUUGUGAAAUAACUGGAAUUUGAAAUUUCACCAUGGCAUUGUCAUAUAUUUUUUUUUCAAGAAGUAUGGCACUUAAUGUUUACAACUUAUAGGCAUGUUAGAAAGAACCGAAAGAAAUAGUGUGAUGAACUCAUUAAUUCUGUAUCGUUCUUUCUUUGUUCCUCCCAAAUACUUAUUCAUAAGAAAAUACUUAUUUCAAUUUAGUUCUGUUAUUCUGGUAUUUUUACGUUUUGUUGAUAGUUUUGAUUGUAAUUGAUGUUAAUAAAAUUUAAAUUAUUUAAUAAUUA